GCUUUUCUUUUGCAUAGCUUCCUCUCAUAGUUGAGUGACUUCAGGGUGUUUUCAGAGCGGGUGGACAGCCGUGACAGCCUCUCCGUGUCGAUAACAGCGGUGCAGCCUUAUCAGGCUUUUCCCUGAAGUCAAGAAUCCCGCAGCGAGCCUGUCACCCCGGCGGGCGGGCGGACUCCUGCUGCCUGCGGCUCCACCGGUGAGGACCUUCGGGGUUCGGUCGGUCCCCGGCCUCCGGUGUGCUCUCCGCCGAAGUCGGUGUCAUUUUGUUCGUGUUUUCUGCUCUGAAUGGAUCAAGGCGACGUCUGGAAAUGUUCUGCGGUGAUGAGCGGGAGCCCCAUCCUUUACAUAAAAAACCUUUAUGUCAGGAGAAGAAGUCGUCAUUUCGCUUUUGGUUUCAUUUCCUGGUUCUUUUUUGCCUGCUGAUCCUCUAUCUCUUCUACACCAUGUGCAACAACACACAGUCACUACGUGAAGGUUUUUCUCUGCAAAAGACCUUCAGCUGGCUUUUUGUCCAAACUCCUCGGGGUAAUGCACCGCCUUAUGGAGUCGACCUGAAACACAGACUUAUGCUAAAUGAUAUACAUGAAAAAACAGAGCCACAUCCUGCGCAGCAGCAGCGCCUUCAGUACCAUGAAGCGUAUCCGCGCAACUACAGGUUUGUCAUGGAGACCGCCGAGGUUUGCAAAGUCAACUUGCCUUUCCUGGUCUUGAUGGUGCCGGUGGCGCCGAAAGACGUUUUGGCUCGGGACGCAAUCCGGGCAACGUGGGGCAAAGACCGAGUGGUUCAGGGCGAGACGGUACUCACUCUGUUCGUGUUGGGUCUCAGUGGGGGUAUUGAUGUGAAGGAGCUCCAACAGGAGAACCAGCAGCACAACGAUCUGAUCCAGAGUAACUUCCUGGACACGUAUCUCAACCUGACCAUUAAAACCAUGGUGAUCAUGGACUGGCUGGCCACGCGCUGCCCUGCAGCAGCCUACGCCAUGAAGGUGGACUCUGACGUGUUCCUGAACGUCGAUAACCUGGUGAUCAUGUUGAAGAAACCAGGGAUCCCCCAAAAGAACUAUCUGACAGGAUUGCUUAAGGGCAAUGUGCCCGUUAUCCGGUCCAAGGACUCCAAGUGGUACGUUCCCAAGGAGCUGUACCCUGACCCCCAGUAUCCCACAUACACUCUGGGCAUGGGGUACGUCUUUUCCAACGACCUUCCCGCCAAAUUUGUGGAGGUCUCAAAAUCUAUCAAGCCUUUUAACAUAGAAGAUGCUUAUAUUGGGAUGUGCAUAAAAAAUCUCGGACUUUCAGUUACAUCUCCUCCGGAUUACUCUCAGUUUAGGGACUAUAACACAAGAUAUGAUCGCUGUGAAUUCUCUAAGAUCAUUACGUACAUUCUUGAUUCUUCAGAACAACUGAUCGAUUAUUGGACAGACUAUAAGAAGCCUGGACCUCACUGUUAGGACAAACUUUAAUAGUGAUAUGGGAUUUACUUUUUGUAAUUUUUUAAUUAGAAUUUUUUUUUUUGAAAAAUAUUCUUACACUGGAAUCUUUUGUUUCAGAAACUUUCAAUCGGCACUUUAUUGUAAAACAGGGAAUUUAUUUAUUUAUUUUUUUUGACAUGUUUUAUUUAAAACUCGUUGAUGAAACACUGAGCAGCAUUGAAGUUCAAUUUAAUGCACUCUAAAGAUAAUUUGUCUUUUUUGGGUGUUUUUUUUCCCCCACUUCAUCUGUCUAACAGAUUUAUAUUUAUCAAAAACGUUUGCGUCUAUUGCAUGUAGCUAAAAAUAUACUCUCCACUCCUGUUUUGAUAUUAUUUAUUUUUUACAAAAUGUCAAACAUUUCGCUUUUAGACAAUGUAUUUUACAUAUGCUUCCAAUGUUUUUCAAUACAUUUAAAAUGAAAUGAAUAUGAUUGCAAUGUUAUUGAUUUUAUUAUAUCUGCUCUUUCUUUUAGAAUUUGGCUGUUUAUAAAAAAAAAAUUGUCAUCAAAUAAAUGUUUUUAAUGAACAAA